CCGAAUGGAUAUGAACAUUUUUUAUUUAUUUUCUACCCGAUUCUUAUGUGGGUAUGGGUAUGGAUAAAAUCCGAACAGCUUUGGUAGGGUAGCGGAUAUGCACUAUCCGCCCCUGACCCGACCCGUUGUCAUUCCUACUUGUGCGGGCUCUUGGUUAGGGCGACGAUCAUGAUUAUGCCCAAGUUCAACGUCGAGGCUCUCCUAGUGCAGAUUCAUAGGUACAGGAUCACCAUCGUGCCAUGGUAUUGUCGAUCACGAAAUCGCCAGACACGGAGAAGUACCCCUUGUCGUCGCCCCAUGUCCUCCACCUCCGUCGCGGUUACCGCCAAAAAUAUCUCUCCACCCCUUCGUUCGACGUCGCCGCCCUUGGCUAACUCUCCGUCUUCUCAUUUCAUUGCAACCUAGGGCUCCAACUACUCAUUCUGAUAAGCAUUUAAAGAGGAAUCUAGAGGUUGCAGAAGAAACGACCGCCACUAAAUCGAUUUUGCUUUCGAGCAGAAAAAUCGAAGAAGAAGAAGAAGAAGAAAAGAGGAAGAAGGAAGGCGAAAGUAGAGAGGCGGGGGCGUAAUGGGUGGCUAUUAAUGCACAACACAUUAUUUCAUAAUAACGCAAAGACGAGUUAUUUGAAAUAACUCAUACCCAAACGAUCAAUUACCCAAUUUCAUAUCUCAACGAAUUAUUUUGAUUCAAAUAACUUACAAUAAAUUAUUUGAAGCAAAAUAACUGAUGAGAAUAACUCAUCCAAACCACUUCCUAAAUUUAUAAUAUGGUUGUAUUCACAUUCACACCGAGGCUAUAAGGCCGUGCUAGGAUUGGCCGGUCUGAAUUUCGCAACAGUGUGAAAGCGACUAAGCAAUGAAGCAAAGGCAAAGCGCAUGUUGUUCCAUGUGUGAAACGUUGUUCAUACUUCAUAGACAUAGUUCUCUCCGAAAUUUCCAACGCAACGCUCCUCCACCAUCCUCUUCAUUUCUUCUUCUCCUUCCUUCCAUUUUCCUUGGUAUUAAAAGUUCCGUAGCAACACAUACCUGAAUUCCAACUCAUUGUCGGAUCUUGCCUGCUUAGUUCUCUGGUUCUUAAGAAAGGGUCGCUGACUUCGUCGAAGAGCUCAAGUUCUUGACGACGGAAGUUUUCUUUUCCCCCCUUUUUGCAAGAGAGCGAAUCGUCUAUUGAUCAUCGAGAAACAAUGGAGAAGGCAAUCAAUAGACAGAAAGUUCUGCUCGCCCAUCUGCAACCCAGCUCUCAAAGUCAAACCCGAGAAUCGCCCAUCCUAUCCGCUUCAACUUGCGGCGCUGGGGAUAGCGCGGCGUACCAGCGAGCUGCUGCGUUUGGGGAUGACGUCGUGAUUGUGGCAGCUUAUCGAACUGCCAUAUGCAAAUCCAAGCGUGGUGGGUUCAAGGAUACCCAUCCUGAUGAUUUACUUGCCCCUGUUCUGAAGGCAGUAAUAGACAAAACGAAUGUUGAUCCAAGUGAAGUAGGGGAUAUAGUGGUGGGUACAGUUCUUGCUCCCGGCUCCCAGAGGGCCAUUGAGUGCAGAAUGGCCGCUUUUUAUGCUGGUUUCCCUGAUACCGUGCCUAUCAGAACAGUCAACCGGCAGUGCUCUUCUGGCCUGCAGGCAGUUGCUGAUGUUGCUGGUUCCAUCAAAGCUGGAUUUUAUGAUAUUGGCAUCGGAGCUGGUCUAGAGUGCAUGACAAUUGAUAACAUCAGAGGAGUUCAAAAAUAUAAUCCCAGGAUUGAGAGCUUUGUUCAAGCCCGGGAUUGUCUUCUUCCAAUGGGUGUCACUUCUGAGAAUGUAGCCCAGCGGUAUGGGGUGACAAGGCUAGAGCAGGACCAAGCUGCCGUUGAAUCUCAUCAAAAGGCUGCUGCUGCAACAGUCGCUGGUAAAUUUAAAGAUGAGAUUAUCCCGGUUUCCACCAAGAUUCUUGACCCUAAAACUGGGAAGGAAAUGUCUGUGAUGAUCUCGGUGGAUGAUGGGAUUCGGCCAAACACAAACAUUGCAGACUUGUCCAAGCUGAAGCCUGCAUUCAAGAAGGAUGGGUCUACAACUGCAGGUAACGCUAGCCAAGUGAGUGAUGGUGCUGGAGCCGUCCUCCUUAUGAAAAGGAGUUUGGCUGUUCAGAAGGGACUUCCCAUUCUUGGUGUUUUCAGGAGUUUUGCUGCUGUAGGUGUGGACCCUGCUGUGAUGGGGAUAGGUCCCGCUGUUGCAAUUCCAGCUGCGGUGAAAGCAGCUGGACUGGAGCUUGCUGACAUCGACCUCUUCGAAAUUAAUGAGGCCUUUGCAUCUCAAUUUGUCUACUGUCGCAAGAAGCUAGAGCUCGAUCCAGAGAAAGUCAAUGUUAAUGGCGGUGCAAUGGCUCUUGGGCACCCUUUGGGCGCCACAGGGGCUCGCUGUGUGGCCACUCUUUUGCAUGAGAUGAAGCGUCGAGGAAGGGACGCUCGUUUUGGAGUCAUCUCAAUGUGCAUAGGCUCAGGAAUGGGAGCUGCAGCUGUUCUCGAACGAGGAGACUGCGUAGACGAACUUAAUAAUGCACGAAGCGUUGGCAACUAGUGGCACCCUCGUAUGGAAGAAAGCUCUUUUGCCUUUUCGUUACGUUCCAAUUGUCUCCACAACAUCAGCGACUUGCGUGUAAUGCAAGGAUGCUGUUUAGAGUGCCAAGUAUAAGCUCUACCGUUAGUGGCCAUCUAAUGAUAGCUGCCAGUACUAAAGAGUAUAUCACCGAAUAAAUUCGUGUGUUUGAGCUGGAUUUAGCAACAAUCCCCACCUUCGUUUUAUUAGACAUCUUUUUUUCUUUUGCGUGUGAAAUUUAUGAGACGU